UGCACAACAACUGCUCUGUCCGGAAAGAAGACGGUGUUCGCGGGAAUGAUGCAUCGGUUUACGCAAUGUAAAACCAAUACAAGUGACCGACGGACCUUCUAGCCGCGUGGUGACAUUGAACAUGCGGAGACGGACAACGGAAUGACUGGCAACCUCCCUGCGAGCGGGGUGGACACGCCGGCUCCCGGGCUGUUGAUAAAUAGCAGUGCGGCCGCUGCCCCUCCAGCUGCUGGCGGAGCCCUUUAACUGUGUGUGACAGCCGCAGCUCAAUCCUGCUGGUGUACACACCCGCUGCAUCCAACCCAGCAUCGGCCCGGCGCUGCUGAACUCCGACAACAACAUUAUUCACCCGCUACCUCCAGAGUCUGUAGCCUCGAAGGGUUUAUGCAUGGGCUGCCCUUUUUGGAUUGCUCGAAAAAUAAAAAAUAAACAUUCGGGCCAGGAGCUAGCUCAUAAGAGAGAAGAUGCCUUUCAGUAAUGAGAAACAUUCCUUGAAUGAUGAAUCAUUGAACAGUGAUGCUGAAUCUUGUGAGCGGUCAGAUAGUGUCAAUUCUUCUAGUGACUAUGAAAAUGUUCGACAAAGCUUCAGCAGUGAUUCUUCCAGCAAGCCAAGCUCACCAGCCUCAAGCCCUCCUAAAAUGGUUUCUUUUGAUGAUCUAAUAGAAACUGCAAAUGGAUUGUCAAAAUUGACUCUGGCUCAUGAAAUAGUUAUGAACAGCAACUUUCAAAUGAAAUCAAUUGAUCUUCCUCCACAAAGUUUACAGAGGAGAGUAAAAGAAAUAGUUCACAGAGCAUUCUGGGAUUGCUUGGAGGCUCAGCUGAACAAGGACCCCCCUGAAUAUGAUCAUGCCCUCUUGCUUUUGGGAGAAAUUAAAGAGAUACUGCUAUCAUUUUUGAUACCUGGCCAAAAUAGACUUCGAAACCAGAUCUCUGAGGUCCUUGAUUUGGAUCUAAUUCAACAACAGGCUGAACACAAUGCUAUUGAUAUUCAUAAACUGGCUGACUAUAUAAUCACACUAAUGGGCAAGUUUUGCGCCCCAGUUCGGGAUGAUGAAGUCAAAAAAUUAAAAUCGCUUUCAGAAAUAGUGCCACUGUUCAGAGAGAUAUUUCAUGUCCUUGAUUUGAUGACUAUGGAUAUGGUCAACUUCACCAUUCAAUAUAUUCGGCCGCACGUCCAACAAUGUUCUGUAGACUAUGAACGAAGCAAAUUUCAGGAUUUUCUCAACAAACAGCCCAAUGCCCUUGAUCACACAACUCAGUGGCUAAAGGAAUCUAUUGCCGAAGUUUCAGCAUUGUGGCCCUCAGAGCCAUCAUCCUCUGGCACCAAUGGAAGUUCCAGUCUUUCUCUGAGCCCAUCUUCUGUAUUAAACAAUGGUUAUUUGAAAUUGUUGCAGUGGAACUACAACAGCAAGCCAGUACCUGAGACUCUUUUGACUGAUCAAUCACGUCUCCAAAAACUCCAGCAAAGACUUAACGAGCAAAGACUUGUAGCGUAUCUAAUGCUGAUCAUCUGCAACAUUGGGGGAGCAACUCUCUCAAGCCUACCAGACUUCUGUGACAAAGUAAAGCGAGUUAUAAUGGUCCUACUUGAAGGCAUGAAUGACAAAAAUUUCAACUUAGAAGAAACACUUAAAACCAUAAGUGUAAAGGUCUGUUCUGAGAUAAGCCAAGCCUUAGUUGAACGUGGUUACCCUGAGCUUAAUAAUGAAAAUCAAGGGAACCUCACAGGACAAAUUUGCAACAUAAAGGAGGAGGGAAAUCCUGUCCGCACCUUAAUCAAUAACCGAAUUGAGCUAUACAUGAAAAACAUGCUCAGUGUAGAGAAUCAGCAGAAGUCUAUACCUGUCCCGGGAGGUCUGGAACCCAUUCAAGCUGAACUGGAAGAGAUUGGAUCCCAGUAUGUCUGUAUUGUUAAAUACAACAGGCAGGUGUAUGGGCCAUUUUACUCAGGCAUUCUGCGAAAAUUACUGUUCAGUAAUCUUACAACAACCGGCACAACGUCAUCAGAUUCUCCUUGAAAGGGGAAGGUUAAUAAAAGGGAGCACGCCUGUUUGGUUUGUAGUGUUUUGUAUUGCACCGUUGACUGUAUUGAAUGGUGUUAUCGGCAUAUUACUUAAAUAUAUUUGGCUAAUUGCAUAUAUAUAUAUAAUAUUUAGUAUUCUUUCUCAAAGUCACCAAAUUAUAUAAAUUUAUAUAAUAAAAUCACUUGAACCCUAAA